AUGUUAGACUUAUUACGUGGGCGUGGUCGCAGAGUUUACAAAUCCCGUCACGCGCUGACAUAUCUCUUCAAUGUUUUCACUUUCGUCGGCACAAAUCCAGGGAAAACACGAACGCACAAAUAUUACACACUCUAUUACACCUAUUCUUUAACUGUGAAUUUCAUAUGUUGUCUCUUUUGUCCACUCUCAUUCCACAUUGGCUACAUAAAAUCAUGGCAUCUACUGAACACCACUGAGCUACUCGCCGCCAUACAGAAUGCGGUGCAGGUGACGGGUAUACCAAUAAAAAUCUUCUUCAUCACUUGGAAUAUGCGACGUUUGCAAAGUGUCAUACCGAUACUAGAUGAAUUGGAUGAGAAUUACAAGAGUGCCAAAGAUUUAUUGAAAAUACGAAAAUGCGUGCGAGGUUGCUGUAAAAUGAUCGGUUUCUUUUGCUUGCCCUACUACAGUUACGAGAUAACGACCAUAGCGUUGGGCGUGUGGCAAAAUCGUGCGCCACUUGCCGCUUGGGUGCCCUACCUGGAUGGCCAACGUGCUGCGUGGGAGUAUUGGACGAUUGUGGUUUGGGAUAUAUUUGUUAUGUUCUUUUUGCUGUCACAUCAGUUGGGCAGUGAUACAUAUCCGCCGAUUUAUAUUAAUAUCAUACGCACUCAUGUACAAUUGUUGGUGGAAAGAGUUGAACUUUUGGGCAGCGAUAAAACCAAGUCAGCGGAAGAGCAUUAUGCAGAGCUAUUAGGUUGCAUACGAACGCAUGGACAGAUUAAGCGCAUCGUUAACCUCAUUGCGCCCGUUAUAUCAGUCACACUCUUCACUCAGUUCGCGACAUCUGCCACAACUCUGCUAAACUGGUUCGGUGAUGUGGAGUUUCCGGAGAAUAUUAUUUCUUUUGCAUAUUUUACUUGCCUAACUUUACAAAUCUUACCCUGCUGCUCGUCUGCUUCAUAUCUCAUAAGCGAUUGUGAACUCUUGCCCAAUGCAAUUUUCCAUUGCAAUUGGAUUGAGCGGGAUCGUCGUUUUCGAAAAACUCUCUUAUUCUUUUUGCAGCGUACACAAACACCACUGCGUUUUUCGUGUCUGAAACUAUUCGUGGUCAAAUUGGAGACAAGUGUGGCGAUUGGCAAAUUCGCUUUCUCGCUGUACACUCUCAUACAGGGAACAGAAGUUGGAGGCAAAACUGAGAAUUGA